AUGUCAGAAAAACAGAUUGGCCAAGCCUCCCAAAGGAAACCAUCCACUAACAGGAACAUCAAGAAGCUCCGCACCAUUAGCAUGGUAUGCAGCCUGACGAGCAGCUGGCAGCAAUGGGUGACAGAGAACGAGAGCAAGCAGGCCACCGAACCCAGUGGCUGGUGUCCCGCUUGGCUGAAAGAACCAAAAGAAGAACCUAAAACGACAUGGGUCCCCAAGGAGCCUCUGCCUGCCCAAAACCAGCCAACAGAAGCCCCUCAGAAUCAUGCAGCUGACGAGGCUCCAAAGACAUCAACUCCUCAUGAGGAGACCCAAGAUGUAGCCAAGACUGAGGUGGUCAAGGCCUCAGCUGAGACACCAGUUGUGUCUCCUAUCAAGACAAAGGAGGUGGUGAAGACUGCGACUAGCGGGGCUCAGGAAAAAAGUGCUGGCAUCGAGCUACUCACUGAGAGGAUCAAGAAAGAGACUCUGCCUUCAGAUGAGGAGAUUGACAAACUGCUGAAGAAGAAAAGCUCACCAACACUGCGCAGAAAGUGCUCCAACAUGGUGUCUUCACUGACCAAAAGCUGGAAGCAGGUAGAGAAAGAACGGAAGCUUGAAAAAGAGGAGGGAAGACCAGUAGAGGAACCUGCAUGCAGUGUUGAUGGAGAGGACAGUCAACACCCUGAUGCUGAAGUAUCCAGGACAGUGUCUAUGAAAGAGGCAGAAGAAAAUGACUCUGAAGAAGAUUCUGGGUCAGAAGUGAAGAUCAAAAAAUCCUCAGUGCCUAUGUUCAAAAAGGAAGCUGAGGAUGCCAAUAAGAUCAACGCCCUCUCCAGUAAAUACAGCGCUGUGGGAAAUCUCAAGAGCCGCUGGCAGAACUGGGCCUCCGACCACACCGUCAACCAGAAACUAAACCCCUUCAGUGAAUACUUUGACUACGAUUACUCCAUGUCCCUCCGCCUCCAAAAAGGCCAAGAUGGUUAUGGACGCCCCAAGGACGGCACUAAAACAGCAGAGAGAGCCAAACGUGCCGAGCAACACAUCCACCGUGAAAUAGAUGACAUGUGUUACGUUUUACGGACUAUGGCUGAUCCGGAUCCAGACGGGAAGACCAGAGUUACGUUCGGAGAGCUGUUUGACAGAUACGUCAGGAUCUCUGAUAAAGUGGUGGGGAUUCUGCUGAGAGCUAGGAAACAUGGGAAAGUGGCAUUUGAAGGAGAGAUGCUGUGGCAAGGCCAGGACGAUGGGGUGAUCAUCACUCUGCUGGUGUGAUAGUGACACCUGGGUCAAAGCUGUUAUUGGAAAUCCUCUUAAAGCUACUUGGCUGGCACAAUGGAACUUGAGAACUAAUC